AAAGUAAAAAAUGGAAACUCCACACUGAGCUUUGCACUUGCACUUGCACAUGGUAAUGUUUUAUUGACUUUCCCAUCUGGGCAUUCAAAGAUCUCAAAAAGUGGAAAGUUCGAGAACCCAGAGAGAGAGAGAGUGGUAGAGAGGCGAACAAAACUCCACAGCUUCAGCCUAGUAUAUGCUUUUGCUUAGUCUCCUUGUGGGGCAUUCUUGAAUUAAACAAAGAAAAUACUACGAUUUUCUUUUUAAUUUUUGCAAAUUAAUUUUGUUUUUUAACAUAGUUUCCUCCGCCUUUCUUGGAGACAAACAAGCGGUUCUUGAUCCAACCAACCAACUCAUCCACAACUUUUUAAAAACUCUCUUUAUUUUUCUUCAAAUGUCUCUUCCAAGAUCUCUACCUGUUUUUCUGAGAAUACCCAUUUCCUCUUUUAGCUCUCUUUCUCACCACUCCAAUGGCAAUUCUUCCCUCCAUCUCUGUUUCACUGGACCUGGACCCACAACGCCACACAGCUGUCCUCCUCCGUACCCCCACUAUUAGUACCCCCUUUGGUCUUCAUCGAAUCUCAGUGAAGCCACAGAAAAUCUUUGGUUUUAAGAUGGAUUCACGGGAAAUUGAGCAGACCCGUAUGAGGUUGUCGACUAAUUUCAACAGUAGUUCAACUUUAACCACGAAGGCUUCAAGGGAACCUUCGGGUUUGACUCAAGAACUUGAUAGCAAACUACAGGCGGUACCAGAAUCUGAAAGUGGAUGUGAUUUGUUCAAGGAUAUGAAACAUCGUUUUCUAAGUUUCAAAAAGAAUAAAUACAUGGAGCAUAUAGAGCACUACGAAAAACUUGCACAGAGUCAAGCACCAAAGUUCAUGGUGAUUGCUUGUGCAGACUCCAGGGUUUGCCCCUCUGCUAUCCUGGGUUUCCAACCUGGAGAAGCAUUUACGGUUCGCAAUGUUGCAAAUCUGGUACCCCCCUUUGAGAGUGGACCCUCUGAAACAAAUGCUGCUCUGGAAUUUGCUGUUAAUUCCCUUGAAGUUGAGAACGUAUUAGUCAUUGGCCAUAGCUGCUGUGGAGGCAUUCGUGCACUAAUGAGUAUGGAAGAAGAAGGGGAUUCAAGUAGCUUUAUCAGAAAUUGGGUUGUUGUUGGGAAGAAUGCAAAGGCGAGCACGAAAGCUGUUGCCUCUAACCUCAGUUUUGACCAGCAGUGCAAACACUGUGAGAAGGAAUCGAUAAACCGAUCAUUGCUAAACCUGCUGACAUAUCCAUGGAUAGAAGAAAGAGUGAGGAAAGGAAUCCUUUCCAUUCAUGGUGGCUACUAUGACUUUGUUGAUUGCACUUUUGAGAAAUGGACACUUGAUUAUGAGGAAAGUAACUUGAAGGAAGCAAAUGGUGGAAUUUCAGUCAAAGAUCAACUAUUUUGGUGCUGAAUUCUCGUAGCCUAUAUAUUUCUUUCACUUUACACAAAAUAUAUUGAUAGCAAUUUUAGAAACGUGUGAGCAUUGCUUUUCUAUUUUGGUGAAUAACGUGUGAGCAUUGUUAUUUCCUUUGUAUAAGACUGAAAGUGUAUAAUGUUUUACUUCCUCCUGUAAUCUCUGGAAAAAUCCACCAUGUUGUAUCUGAACUAAGCUUAAAAUGA